AAGUGUGUAUGUCACGCUGGAAUUUUGAACAUCUCUGUAACUGGAUUCGAGUUACUGGAUUCAUUCAAACAUUUUAUAAAAGCGAAAGCGGUCAAUAUCCAUAUGUCUCCGGCCUCUAGAAUGUUGCUCGACGAGACGUCUCUGUUUGAUCCUUCUCUGCUUCAAGAGCUGGACUGGAGCAGCAACACUGUCUCCUUCUCUCCUGCUAUUUCUCCCUCUCAGCCUGGAGAAGGUCUGGUCCUCCGUCCUCUCUGUACUGCUGACCUAGACAGAGGCUUCUAUAAGGUCUUAUCGGAGCUCACAGUGGCUGGGGAUGUCACAGAAGAACAGUUCAAAGCACAAUUUGAACAUAUGAAGAAAUCUGAAGACUAUUAUGUCAUAGUGGUGGAAGACACAAAUAUUGGACAAAUUGUUGCCACAGCAUCACUCAUCAUAGAGCACAAAUUUAUCCAUGCUUGUGCAAAGAGGGGGCGUGUGGAACAAGUGGUUGUGAGUGAUGUAUACAGAGGAAAACAGCUGGGAAAACUGUUGGUAUCAACAUUGACUCUCCUCUGCAAAAAAUUGCAGUGCUACAAAAUAACGCUGGAGUGUGUGCCAAACAUUUUGGAGUUUUAUAAGAAGUUUGGCUACUCCACUUCAGAUGAGAAGCAUGCAGUGCUGGUUCUUUGACUGAAUCCAAAGGAAUCUUGAACAUCACAGAAUGUUUGCUUUAGAACUCUUAAUCUGUUCUAUUUUCUGAGAUCGGACUACCUCCAACUUGCACCUUUUUUAGCCAGCAAAA